AGAACGAAUGUAAGGAAGUCUCGCGGGAUUUUUUAAUGUAAUCUUUGGGCUACCGGUUACCGGAGAGUUUCGGAUUAAGUGAGGCUGCAGACGCCCUUCCAGCUCCGCCCUUCUUAGGGUGCAGAGGAAAAUAUGUCAUCCAAUCAAUCUUACGUCUUCUACAGACAAGAACUAAACAAAACAUUGUGGGAGGUGCCUGAUAGGUACCAAAACCUGACACCAGUGGGUUCUGGGGCCUACGGUUCCGUGUGCUCAUCAUUUGACACUAGGACAGCAUUGCGUAUUGCUGUAAAAAAACUCUCUAGGCCGUUUCAGUCCAUCAUUCAUGCCAAGCGAACAUAUAGAGAACUCCGUCUGCUUAAGCAUAUGAAACAUGAAAAUGUCAUUGGACUCCUAGAUGUUUUCUCACCUGCAAAAUCAUUUGAGGAAUUCAAUGAUGUAUAUCUUGUUACACAUCUAAUGGGAGCUGAUCUCAAUAAUAUUGUUAAGUGUCAAAAGCUUACAGAUGACCAUGUACAGUUUCUUAUCUAUCAAAUCUUGCGUGGCUUGAAGUAUAUUCAUUCUGCAGGCAUUAUCCACAGAGACCUAAAACCUAGCAAUCUUGCAGUGAAUGAAGACUGUGAGUUAAAGAUUCUUGAUUUUGGUUUGGCACGGCAUACAGAUGAGGAAAUGACUGGAUAUGUUGCUACUCGCUGGUACAGAGCACCAGAAAUCAUGCUGAAUUGGAUGCAUUACAAUCAGACAGUUGACAUCUGGUCGGUGGGCUGCAUAAUGGCAGAGCUUCUCACAGGAAGGACCUUGUUUCCAGGCACAGACCAUAUUAAUCAGCUGCAGCAGAUCAUGCGACUGACGGGGACUCCUCCCUCCUAUCUCAUUAACAGGAUGCCCAGCCACGAGGCUCGUAACUACAUACAGUCCUUGCCAUAUAUGCCAAAGAUGAAUUUUGAGGAUGUUUUUCUAGGCGCCAAUCCACAAGCUGUAGAUUUACUGGAGAAAAUGUUGGUUUUGGAUACAGACAAGCGGAUUACAGCAGCAGAGGCUCUAGCACACUCUUAUUUUGCUCAGUACCAUGACCCUGAUGAUGAGCCGAUAGCUGAGCCUUAUGAUCAGAGCUUUGAGAGUCGUGAGUUGGACAUAGAAGAGUGGAAACGUCUAACCUAUGAGGAAGUGACCUGCUUUGUGCCUCCUCCCUUGGACUCUGAAGAGAUGGAAUCUUGAAACUGUUUCUUCGCUGUUUUCAGUGUUCUCAAUCACUGUGAAGGCAAAGGGUAACCCCUGCCAUCAUACAAAGUGCCUAUCUUGCUGUGGGGGAAUUCCACACCUCUAUCUUUCUUUUUUUCAUACAUAUUUUUAAAUUCCCUAUGCUGGGUGAAUUAUUUAUAUACAAUCUAUGCGUAAUUCUUGUUGCAUACACUCCUCAACUUUGUCCUUUUUCACAUUUUACAGAAUCCGCUACAGUGGUGUCCGUAUUGUCACUUUAUCUCAAACUCUAUACUGUUUAAAACAUCAGAAUCAUUUAAUAUGUGGACAUGAGGGCUGAUGGCACACUUAAGUAGUUGGAGGGUAUUGCCCUGUUAUUCUGGUUAUUUUCCUCUGUGUAUGUAUAUAUAUAUAAUAUAUACACAUAUACACACACUCCUUUCUUAGUCACAUGCCCUAGUGCUACCAGAGAAUCCAACAAUAUAUGCAGAUAGAUGCUGGUGCAAACAGGAUACACCUUUAAUAGUGUUAGGUUUGAAUGAGAAUUUCCCUAUGUGUACCAGCAUUCAUCUGCAUAUAUAUAUAUAUAUAUAUAUAAAUAUAUAGAUACAUAUUUUGUCUGAAUAAAGAUUCAAAAGGCUUUUAUAUAUGAGCUCUAAAGGCAUACUUAUUAUGGUUUGCUCUCGCUUUACAUGGUGUGGAAAGGAGGUUUAAUAUUUCUUGGUGUAUAGUGAUCUAAAUGUGAAACCCACAUCCAACACACUAAAAUAUUUUAUCGGGUCAGAGCCUAGUAUUAAUUGGUGUUGUAAUAUAAUUAUAGUUCCAGUGAUAUGGUAUUCUAAAAUAACAAGCAAGAAGACUAGAUUGUUUAUUUUUUCAUACAUUGUACAAAGUGCCACAUUUUUCCUUCAUUGUAUAUGAUUGCUAUUGCCACACUCAAGCUGCUGCUUUCUUUAACCCUCUGGAUGACUUAUGCUGGUGCCCCCCCCUCUCCUUCAUAACAUUAAUUAAGAAGUUUACAAUGUAUUUCACUGCUGCACUGCUCAUUAAAAAAAAAGCCAUUCCUGAAUGGGAGCUGCAAAAUAGUGCUUCGUAGGUAGACUUCUGCGUAUUUAAUGUUACAGCACAGACUCUUCUGUGAUGGACUCAACGGUAACCAAGCACUGGUCAGAUAUAUCCAUUAUUUUUAAAAACAUACUCUAAUCCACUUUGAUGCUCUGCAUGUAUUACAUUUAAACAGUGUGUGUGGGACUAAUUUUUUAAAUGAAUCUUACAUGUCGCAUUUAAAAUCUCCAUAAAAUCGCAACUCUUUAAACAA